AUGCCUGGUAUACUGCCGAUGAAAGUGAUCAAGGUGGGCACCAGUUCGCAAAGUCGUAUUGCCCAGGCUUGUGAUCGGUGUCGCAGCAAAAAGAUUCGUUGCGAUGGCAUCCGACCGACAUGUUCGCAAUGCUCGAACGUUGGCUUCGAAUGCAAGACUAGCGACAAAUUGAGCCGACGUGCAUUUCCGCGGGGCUACACAGAGUCGCUGGAAGAGCGGGUAAGGGCGUUGGAGGCCGAAGUUAGAGAAUUGAAAGAUCUUCUGGACGAGAAGGACGAAAAGAUCGACAUGCUUUCGAAGAUGCACAGCCAUCACCACCGUAGGCCGUCACAUGGAUCAGCGAACAGUCCGGCGACAUCAGCGACCGCUGAGUCCAGAAGGGAUCAAUCACCCAGCAAAGAAGAUACAUUCCGCGUUCAAGCAUCACCGUUACUGCUUGGCGUAGAGAACUCAGACUCAUACUUUAUGGGUCCUUCGAGCGGUCGCACAUUUAUAGAAUUAUUCAAACGAAAGAUGCAAGAAAAUGGAAAGUCGUGCUCAGAUUUUAACCCCGAAGCUUUCUUGCAUAUUCAAGGUUGCCAUCCACUGGUCGCACAACCACCGGCGUCCUCAAUGAAGACACCGCCACGACUAUUUUCUGACAGAUGCGUCAAUGUUUAUUUCCAAGAAUGGGCACCGCUCUUUCCCGUGAUCCACAAGCCGACUUUCCUUCGCAUAUAUGAAGAGUUUGGCGCCGACGCGGACAAAGUAAAGAGUCACCAUAAGAUUGCGCAAUUAAACCUCGUCUUCUGUAUUGCUGCAUUAUCGAGCGAAUUACCGGAUACGGAGCAAAUUGCAGCAUGCGAGCAGCAAUGGCAAAAGGCCUUGGAUGCCAUUCUCAUGGAAAACACCAUGAACACUUUACAGUGCUUGGUCUUAGCUCUCAUGUAUUGCGCUGUCCGCGCCGAUUACAAGCGCUUGAUUCACUACAAAGGUAUUGCUGUCGCGCUAUCACAUCGCUUAGGUCUUCACCAAAGCCAGAAGCGGUUCUCCUUUGGCGCCUUGACUAUUGAAACCAGGAAGAAGGUGUUCUGGACUUUGUAUACUCUGGACUGUUUCUCUGCUGCGAUGCUAGGCCUACCAAAAGUUUUGAAGGAAGACGACAUUCAUGCUGAGUACCCGUCGGACUGUGAUGACGAAUAUGUCACAGAAAAGGGAUUUCAGCCUACUCUCCCCGGCGAGUACACCAGGCUCUCGAGCGCUUUGGCAUUGUUCAAAUUAUCGCGCAUACUUGCCAAGGUCCUGGAGAAGAAUUAUCCUGCUGCCACGUCAUACGAGCUGUCGCUACAGCAGAUCGCAAUGCUGGAAGCGGAGCUAGUAGGGUGGGAUGAGAACCUACCGACUCAUCUAAAGUUGACGUUUGCACAAGACAAGCCGUCAACUGACGUCACUGGAAGCCGUUCGCCGGUUCUGGCUCUUGCUCGUUACUACGUGCGAACUCUGAUUCAUCGACCUGCAGUGGGCUCAAGUCUUGGACCAAAGGCUGUGUCAUCCGUUAUCGCUGUUGGCGAGUCGAGCAAGCACAUGAUUCAGAUCGUUCAACUGCUUGAGGAGCGCAGCAUGUCUUUCUCGUUCUGUCUGAACAAGGUUGAUGUUCUUGUCCUAUGCUCAAUGACCUUGCUAUACCAGACGUUGGAUCUGAAGCAGGAGAGCAGACUGGCGAAGGAUGCAGAACGCCUGGUCAAUGCAGUCCUCAAAGGAUUGUUGAAGGCUAAAGCACCAGGAACGUUUGAUUUGCAACGCGUGGCAUCUAUGCUCAUUACUGUAGAUGAGCCUAUGUCACCCCCUGUACCACGUGCCAGCUCUGAGUCGAGUGCGAAUGUACCUCCAUCGAAGGCCUCUCCUCAACAGUCGACCUUUUCCAAGAAGAAGUCCUUCUAUUCACUUGGCCGACACUCGAGCGCAAGCGCGAGUGAAACAGACCUGCUGGCCCAGCAAGAGAAGCUUCGUCGCAUGACCAUGCCGAACGCUACUGCUGUGCGUCCUGAACUCUAUCGCUCCCAAUCACGUGCGUCGUUUGACGAUGCCUCGCAUCGGCCAUCGAUGCCUCGUCAGGAGCACCGGUUCUCGUUAUCACAGAUUCAGCAGAGCAUGCUCAGGAUGUCGUCCACGCACAAGAAGACGAAUCUGGACUACUUAUCACUCAGUACCACGCCCAUUACCACCCAACCGCCUUCCCCUUUGCAAUCAAGACUGGCGGUUCCACAAGCGGUGCAGCGCCUCCAACAAGCACCAUCACCACCGUUAUACACAGCAAUUCCUGCGCCAACUAAGACCGACUCAGUAAAUGCGAUGUCGACUGCGGAGUGGGAGUCGCUACUCGGCUCUCUUGACGGGGGCCAAGCUAACUUAUACGAUGCCAUAUAUGGCGGCCCAGCCCUCUCCCUCGAGACGCCACCACCAGUACCUACCAAUUUCCCGGAUUGGUCACCGAACUCUUGGAGCUUACCCGGCUUCAAUCUUGGGGACAUGAACACGAAUGCGCCGCCGCCACAGAGCGUGCUGAGCUUCAGUGAUGAGAGUCUGAGCUCUGGCGAGGAGCUAGCUACGAGUGACAUUUACUUCAACAUGAAUGACGAUUAUCGCAGCAGUCUGUUGCAUUCUAGUAAUAGGCAACCCAACGAUGGGCUUGUCAUGGUGGACGGGUUACCAUUGGAUUUGGGUAUUUGA